UCGGACAAGCUCCAUGCUUAGUACUUGUUCCAAGAGUGAUCACGUUGCCGCUCAAGUCCUCGGCGGGUGUGGGAUCGGUACAACACAUCAAUCGUAGGUACUUCCUUUUUGAAAUGACAUGUUUUGGAUCCGCAGUACACACUCGGGGUUUUGGUUUCUGGUCAAGGUAAGGUACUUGCACAUGGCUGCCUGUUAAGAUCAGGGCAGAGAGACUCCUUUAUUGCUGGGGGAUUCGCGGCGACAAGGGGAGCGACGAAGGUUUCAGCAUCAUCUUGGUCCAUUGAGUUUCGUUGGAAUAUGAUGAUCUUCAUACAACCGGGAGUUUGAGCAUGAAAAUGCGCAGCACAAAGCCUUGUUGGCCGCAAUUGCUGCGGCCUGCUCUGUGGUUGCAAUUGUAUCGUACCAACGAGCUCAUCCUCAAGCAUGUCAUUGGCGGCGCGUCAGGCAGACACCGUCCUGUCAACAUGAAACUCUCGCGCUGUUCAGCGACAUUGCCCGAUUACGUCACUGCGCCCAGUACACAAGCUUUCCCGCCAAUCCUCUGGCACCAAUUGCCCUCCGAAAACCGUUCACACUUGCCUGAAUUGGGCUGCUUACGAGUUGUUGGGCAAUUGGCAAUAUCGCAGUCAAAAUUGAAGGCACAAAAUAACGUCCAUAGGAAAGGAUGGCAACCUUCACCCUCGCCCGCGCCCUCACCCAGACCACUACCCGGCGAUUGCCCUCCCGCCUCCGACAUGCCGCCCUCCCACUUGGCGUCGGCCUCACUACAGGGCUGGUUGCAGCCCAUCACCAACGGCCGAUGCAGUUCGACUCUGUCCCUGUAACGACAGGAACAUCUCAGACACGCUCUUUGGCGAGCGGGCAGAACCCCAAAAAGAACGAGGAGCUUCUCGACGCUGAGACGAUUAAGCAGUUCUCUGGUGGCAGUUUAUCAGGUAG